UGAGGAGGCGCCUCCGGACAGGAGCAAAAUCGCUCUUCCUUCUUUCCUGCGCGCGAGGGUUUUCCUGAGCCGCCUCCGGUCAGCGGGUGGCUCUGGGACAUUUUGGGCAAAGCGGGGCUGGAGGGCGAGGAUGGGGGGCUCGGACUGGGAGGAAGGAGGUAGCACCGGGCGUUGCCUUGGCAGGGAAGAGAACAAGGUUUAAUUUGCGGGCGGCGUGUCUGGUUUGCGGGCAAAAAGGCAACGCGGUGGGGUCUCUCUUGCUGUUCACACCCGGACAGACAGACAGACUGGAAGCAAUUCUUGAGUUAUAGGAGCCCAGCGGUCCCGGAAGAAACCAGCCUUAGAUGCGGUGCCCCCUAAAGUAGCUUCAAUCGGCUUCAUAUCAGAAUUUGCCAGAGAAUAAGACCGCGGAGUCCAAACGGGUUCGGGCUCCUCCAGGGUGUCGUUUUUGUCCAUCCCUUCCCCGCUCCCAAAGGGUCAUGUGGUCCGACCCUCUGCCCAGAGCUUGACUCGCAGAACCCCCAAAAGAUGGUCAUCUGGCCUCUGCUGCCUUAUAGUCUCUUCAGUUUAUGCUGUAUUUUAUCAUUGCGUCCCGAAGCUUCACGAGUAAAAUUUGCAAGAUUUCCCCCCCUUCUGUUUGGGGGUAGAACGGCUCUCUUUGCUUUUAUUGCAAAAAAUAAAUAAAUGUAAGUUUCUUACCCAGCACCUAAAAUAGCCCAGCGCUGUACAGAACAGGACCUUAACAAUGACGCCACGAUCUUCAUCACAAAGAAUAAACGUGUUGUGUAAUUAACUCUGCAAGGACAACUAAUACAAAUUGAUUUUUGUUUAAACUCCUUGGCGGCUGCAACCGGGAGCUGUUCCCAAACGUUGGAACUCCCUUCCUGGGAAAGCAACGCUGGUCUAGUAAUCUGUGUUUGAUUUUACUUGUGUGAACCGCCUUGAGUCCCGGCCUGGGGAAAACACACACACAAACAAACAAACAAAAUUUAGGGCCACUUGCAUAAUCAGAGCUUUGGGCAAAUGUUCUCUCGCUCUGUAGAUGUUCGUGUGCGCAAAGGUAAGCUUUUGGGGACCAGGCUGGUGCAUUGCGGGGGGGGGGCGGACCAGAUGACACUGGGAUCCCCCAAUCUAGGAUUCUGUGGUUCUUCAGCUGCGAUUCCUGCAUUGUAGGGGGUUGGCCUGGAUGGCCGCUGGGGGUCCCUUUCAGUUCUACAGUUCCACGAUUUCCCAGAGGCCGGACCUUGCCUAGGCUAGAGCCGACUCCCGCCUCUGGCCCUGACUCCUCUCUCCCUCCUGUCUGCCCCGCAGGACUCCAUGGGCUCAGUGAUGGACGACCUCGGCGACUUCUACUCGGAGUACAAUAAUUCCGACCCGGACCCCUCCGACUCGGGCCCCCUGGUGCUGGAGGAGCCCGGCCUGACCAGCCUCCUGUGGGUGGCGCUGACCAUCUACGCGCUGGUCUUCGUGGUGGGCGUGCUGGGCAACGGCGCGGUGGUCUGGGUGGUGGGCUUCCAGAUGCGGCGCACCGUCAACACCACCUGGUUCCUCAACCUGGCCGUGGCCGACCUGCUCUGCUGCCUGGCGCUGCCCUUCCUGGCCGCGCCGCUCGCCUCCGACCAGCACUGGGCGCUGGGCGACUUCGCCUGCAAGCUCUUCCCGUCGCUCAUCAUCCUCAACCUGUUCGCCAGCGUCAACCUGCUGGUCCUCAUCAGCAUCGACCGCUGCUGCCUGGUGCUGAGGCCCGUCUGGUGCCAGAACCACCGCUCGGUGCGCCUGGCCUGGGGCUCUUGCGCCCUGGCCUGGCUGCUGGCGCUGGCGCUCACGGCGCCCACCUUCUUCUCCCGCAGCAUCUACACGCAUUACAAGAAGAGCCUGUGCAUCACCAACUACGCCGCCUUCCCCGGGGGUCCCCGCCUGGGCGAGGUCUCCGUGAAUACCACGCGCUUCGCGCUGGCCUUCGCGCUCCCGCUGGUGGUCAUCUGCGCCUGCUACGGGCUGCUCCUGCGCCGGGUGCGCAGCUCCCGCUUCGGGCAGCGCUCGCAGAAGACCCUCAAGGUGGUCCUGGUGGUGGUGGUGGGCUUCUUCGUCUGCUGGGCGCCCUACCACGUGGCCGGCCUCAUCCAGGCCUCCCAGCCCCACUACACUGAGCUCAGCCGCUCACUGAACACGGCGGACCCCCUGAUCGUGGGCUUGGCCUACGUCAACAGCUGCAUCAACCCGGUCAUCUACGUCCUCGCCGGCCACGACUUCCAGAGCAAGAUGCGCCGCUCCGUCAAGGCGCUCCUGCGCAACGUCUUCAGCGAGGAGUCCGCGCUCGGACACUCCUUGGCCGACGGCCACGCGGGGACGCAAGACACGUGCGCCGCCGCCACGGAGGACCGCAGCUACCCCAGCGACCGCAGCGCCAGCACCGUCGUGUGAGGAGGGGCCACCACAAAGGAGGCCCUGCUGGGGCGCUCUGUCUGCGCAACGCCCCUCCUCUUACUUGCUUAGCUCUGGGAGGGGGCCAGCCCCACCGCAGCAGUCUCUGCAGGCUCCUCGACCCCUGAGACCAUUUGCACCGCCCCCCUCACUGGGGAACUCCCUGCCCAUAGACAUCCCCCAGGCGGCCUUUCCUGUGCUCCUUUCAGCGCCUGCGAAAAACAUUCUGCUCAGACAAGCCGACCCAGAAGCGUAGAGAGUCGAGGGGGAUUUUAACCUGUUGGAGUAUUUAAACUUUUGUAUGUUUUAAAGUACUGUUGUACAUUUUUCUCAGUUUUCUUAUCUUUUUGUAAGCUGCUUUGAGGCUUUUUUUUUUAAAAAAACGAUUAAGCCGUGCAUGCACAUUAUGAAAUAAAAUAACUGCAACAGAUUUA